UGAGUGGAGUGGCAGUGUUGCGGUUGUGUUAUGGUGGAGUAGUGAUGGUCUCUUGUGGCCGCCUUUGCAGUGUAAAAUGGUAGCAACGCGAGGGAAUACAGGGAACGAGAAUGAGAGGAAAAGUUCCUUACCUUCUCGUGAGUCGAGGAGGACAACGAAGGGAGCCAUGCAGGAGCCAGAAGACGAGCUUUUCUGGGAAAGUGAUGAUCAGCCCUCAAGAAGGAAUGCAAAUGUGACUUUCCAGGAGACAGGCAACUCAAGUAGAUCACCAGCUGCUAUGAGAAAUCAGAGAACGCGAAACCUGGCUGUUUUGCUGUCUCGCACGCUAGCAGACAAAAAACUGAAGAGUUGGGCCAGGAAGAGACCUUCGUGUUUUUCCUGUGAAGAGGUACCCAGGCCUCAGCCCAGCAGAGAUUCCUCCUGCGUUAGAUCAAGUGUAAGGAUGCAGAAUAAUGCUGUAACUAUUGAAGAUGACACUGACACUGAUGAUGAGAUAUUUCGGCGCACUCAGUCCCGCCGUACUCGUGGCCAGCGUUCCCGAGAUGCCAUGGCUAAAGAAUUUGUAAUGAAUGGAGACAAGAGUCACAUGCAGGGUAUGGAGGAAGGUCUGAGGCGCAGUUCAAGAAGGAGGACAUUUAGUAGUUUUGAUCAGUCAUGGUUGGUGGGAAAUAAGAAGCUGCGAGGCUACCCUUCCAUUGUUCCAAGCUCAGAACCAGAAAAUGAAGAGCCUCGUCCAUCUCGAAAAAAAUGCAAGUACUUGGAUAAAGAGGUGGAGCCUCGACGAAGGCAAAUACAGCAUUUCAGUCAGAGAGAGAAACGAGAGUACAACUCAUGUUCCCAAAAGACCGCCAACUGCACUCGGCGCCGUAGAGUUCCUCCAAGGAGAUACAGGGAUGAGCCUGAACAUUCAGAGGAUGAGGAAGAAGACAGAAAGUUGCAGCCAAAGAAAGUGGAGGCACCUCAGGGAGAUGAUGAUGACGAUGAUGAUGACGACGAUGAUGAAGAUGAGGAGAAAGAAAAGGAGGAAACUAUACAAAAUUCCGAGGAAUCUCCAAAAAGAUAUAAGAGAGAAAAGCAAAGAUCUGGAAAAAAGGAGGAAAAUGAGGAAAAACCAGAUGGUGAUGAUGAGGAAGAGCAAGUUGAAGAUUUGCUACAGAAAAGGCGGACCACACGCAGUUCCCUUUUAGCUUCACAACAGAAAAUUGAAGAUACUGAGGAUGAAGAGGAUGAAGAUGACCCUUCACCAGUAAUCCACAGGAGCCGUAGGGGUAUGCGAGACCCCAUAAUGGCCAGUGCUAUGUCCCUCAAAGGCCCAUUUGAAGACAUGUACUCAAAAGUCAAGAGACAGCGGAGACCAGUGAAACGCUUUAUGUAUGAGGACGAGGUACCACAGAGAAGAACCAGGAAACAGGUUUCUUCUUCAGAUGAAAGUGAAAGUGCAAAGGAGGAUGAAGGUGAAGAAGAGGAAGAAGAAGGAGAGGAAGAUCAAGAUGAUGGACAAAACAAAAGAUAUUCCCUCAGAAGAAAUAGACGUGAAAACAGACCCUUUCAAAUGGAGGCAGCAGAAAGCUCUUCAAGGUCUCUUGAGUAUCAUGAAGAUACUCCUCCAAGGCGGAGGUGCAGAAACUUCAAACGUUACCUCACUUCCCCUGCCAGGAAGCAUACAUUCCAUCACAAAAGAAUGGCAACUCAUCAUACAUCCAGCAGCAGCAGCAGUUCUGAUGAGACUAAUUUUGAAAAGAGGAAGGCAAGAAGUAUGGCAAAAUCACGUAAUCGAUGUCUCCCUAUGAAUAUAAACCCUGAAGACUUAAUGACAGGAGCUUUAAGGGACAGGGCAAAAACUGGCUCUAGUUUAGCUGACAUAGACCCCAUGACUAUAAACCGUGAAGUGAUGUUUGAUGCAAUUGGUGGUCUGUCUCAGCAUAUAAAGUCAUUGAAAGAAAUGAUAAUUUUUCCCUUGCUGUAUCCUGAAGUAUUUGAGAAGUUCUAUAUCAACCCGCCAAGAGGAGUACUUUUCUUUGGCCCACCAGGAACAGGUAAAACCCUAAUGGCCAGAGCCCUUGCCAACGAGUGCAGCAUAGGUGGAAGAAAAGUGGCAUUUUUUAUGCGCAAGGGUGCAGACUGCCUAAGCAAAUGGGUAGGAGAGUCUGAGAGGCAGUUGAGGCUGUUGUUUGAUCAGGCAUACCAGAUGCGACCUUCAAUAAUAUUCUUUGAUGAAAUUGAUGGCCUUGCACCUGUCCGCUCUUCACGACAAGAUCAGAUUCACUCCAGCAUUGUGUCCACACUGCUGGCUCUCAUGGAUGGCUUGGAUUCACGUGGAGAAAUAGUGGUGAUUGGUGCCACCAACAGGAUAGAUGCUAUUGACCCAGCACUCAGGAGGCCAGGAAGAUUUGACAGAGAAUUCCUUUUUUCACUUCCUUCAAUGAAGGCUCGUCUUCAAAUUCUAAAAAUUCACACAAAGAAUUGGGUCCCAGUUCCUAGCCAGCAGGUGAUGAGACAUCUGGCAAUGCAGACAGCAGGUUACUGUGGUGCAGAUCUCAAGGCACUCUGUGCUGAAUCUGCUCUAGUAGCACUCAGGAGCAAAUAUCCUCAGAUAUAUUCUUCCAGACAAAAACUUGUGAUAGAUGUCUCCUCACUAGUUGUAAGAAUGUGUCACUUCCGAGUAGCUAUGAGAAAAAUAGUUGCUGCUGGCCAGAGGACAGCUGCCAGUGUGGGAAGACAGCUGAACUCAGUUGUGAAACCACUUCUACAGGGUGCCCUUACUCAGGCUCUAACAAUGCUGGAACAGAGUUUCCCAACUGCCUUUUCUCGAUCUGGUGGUUUCACAAAACUUAGUACUACUCACAGACCAAGAUUACUUUUAGCUGGCUUUAGGUCACAAGGUCAGAGCACUCACCUAGCCCCAGCUAUUAUACAUACACUUGAGAAAAUUCCUGUACACAAACUGGACCUUGCUGCUCUGUAUUCCACAUCAGCACGGGCCCCAGAAGAAGCUUGUGCCCAGGUGUUCCAUGAGGCUCGGCGAAGUCUUCCCAGCAUCAUCUAUGUGCCUCGCAUUGACCAGUGGUGGGUCACAAUUUCAGACACACUGCGAGCAACGUUUAUAUCUCUCCUCUUCGAUCUCGAACCAUCCUCUCCUCUUCUGUUCCUUGCCACAUCAGAUGUACCAUAUGAUCAAUUAGAUAGUGAGGUGCAGCACUUGUUUAGUGUUUACCAUGGAGAAAUGAUGUCUAUUGCAAAUCCUUCAGAAGAGGAGAGAAGACACUUCUUUAAGCCAUUGUUCUUCACUGAAAUGCUUCAAAAGCCAAAGAUUCGCCAAAACAAAAGACAACUGGAAGUUCUCCCAGUUGCUCCUGAACCAGAGCCACGAAAGCUUAACUCCAAAGAAGUAAGGAGAAUAGAGGAGGAGGAGGAAGCCACCCUCAGAGAAUUGCGCAUAUUCCUCAGGGAAAUUUGUGCCAAACUAGCUAGAAAUAGAACAUUUUACAUUUUCACCAAACCAGUGGAUGAGGAAGAAGUACCUGACUAUAGAGACAUCAUCAAGGAACCAAUGGAUCUUGAGACUAUGAUGACAAAGAUUGACCAACAUGAAUAUGAAUGUGCUCAGGACUUCCUCCAUGAUAUUGAUCUCAUCUGCACCAAUGCCUUGGAGUACAACCCUGAUCGCAAUCCUGAAGAUAAAAUAAUUCGCCAUCGUGCCUGCACACUAAGGGACACUGCUUAUGCAUAUAUUAAGGCAGAAAUGGACACUGAUUUUGAGGAAAAAUGUCGAGGCAUCAGAGACAACCGCAAGAACCGUUACCAGUUCAUUGCAAAACCACCAGCACCAGACUUUGUUCAUGUUGCUCCCAUCAGGCAGAAGAGAGAAGAGAGCACAAAAGCACAACAGGAGAAUGGAGGAGGAGAACCGCUGUCUGCCACAGAAUCUGGUCAGCUCACCAAAGGUCCUAUGACGAAAACACCAGAUUCUAUCCGGCGAAAGAAAAGAAGGUUUGCAAGUUCCUGGGCUCGAGGGGAAAUAAAGACAGCUAGAAAAAAACGCCUUGUUGAAAAGGACAGCCCUCCAAAGAAGGAAAUAAAAAAUGAACAUGAUGAAAUCAAAACAACAGAAGAAGAAGGUGAUGAAGCAGAUCUCCUGAAGCUAGCAGAGUGUGAUGCAAGGAGUGAAGGAGAAGUCAGUGGUCAUUCACCUUGCAAUUCUGGUGAAGGGAAAGAUUUGUCUAAGGACACAUCAAAUGAGGCAAAAAAGAAAACUAUUGAGAUGCAGAUGGGAUCUGAGCUCAGUUUAUGCAAUGGUCACCUGAGCACUGAAGACAGCCAUGAUAGCAUGAAGGUCACUUCAGCUGCUGAUGAGUUGGCAGCACAGGCUUCAGUAAUGGCUCUUCAUGAGACUUGUACAGAGAAGGAGAAGAUACAUGACAUCACAGCUGAGGCUGAAGAUUCUGUAGUAUCAUCAUCAGAGCAAGGAAGUGGCAGUGGUCAGGCAAGUUGUAAUGGCAUUACAAUUGACUGGAGUCACCUGGAAGCUGUGUAUGAGUCUUGUGUGUCAGCAACUGACACAUCAACAAUUGAUGAUCUCCUUCGUCUGCACACAAGUAUUUCCUCCCUCGUACACACACACUCAAGGAAUAGUGAUCGUUCACAAUUACUGCAAGAUACUGAAGCUGAAAUACGAAGAUUCACACAGUUUCACAAGAAAAGCUGAAAACAAUAGUGGAAUUAGUUCAUGAUUUGUAUUUGUAUUAUAUUAUUUUUAUUUUCAAUUGCAUUAUGAGUCUGAAUAGUUCUUGUAAUGACUCCACUGCUGUCUUGUAUUAUAUAUAAAGUUUUGCAUCACUUCACUUCACAAUAUUCUAUAAUUCAUGCAGUGUUUG